UAAUGAUUGGUCAUUCAAUUAUGAGGGCGGAACCUGGCGUCCACCCAGACGCCACGCGAUUGGUCAAAGCUUCUGUCCAUCAAAAUGUAUGGGUACAACACUUCCUGAUGUCGAUGCCCAGCUGUUGGCAAAUGACCCGCAUCUCCACCAUCCGAUAACAUCGUCCCAACACACAGGACUGCCCUCACUGUUUGGCAUCAUACCUGCUCGAAACACGCUGCCUGCAAAGACGACGACCAUGUACGGAGCAGAAGAACUGAAAUAGGCUUAGAAUUGCCCAGUGGAUGAGAGUGAAUCCUGUCAAAUUGGAUUUUUGUGUCCUUAAGGUCGUGCUGCAGUACAGCAACAUAAGCUUCGCGUUGACCGGCGCGUACAUCUCAACGGCGGUGCCAUAUUUUCAUUGACAGUAUUACUAAAGAACCACCACUUGGGAUGGCCUUCACCAACCCUACCAUGCAGAUAUUAGCCAUGUGAAAGAUCUGGAAAAACAAAAUGGGGAUGGCUGAGAGGUCGUGUGUGGCGGUGAGCAGCUGAGGUCGGCUGUGAUCUGGGUCUUCUCUUCUGACUGAGAGCAUGUACAGGAGGAAUGGACUCCCUGCCAGCGUCAGCAUCACCUCCCGCCACACACAGGACAGCAGUAGUUCAGAGUCCCUGGAUGGACGGAGUUUGGACUCUGCCAAGAGCUUUGACGCGGUGGUGUUUGACAUGCUCAAAGUGACACCCGAGGAGUUUGCUAGUCAGAUCACUUUGAUGGAUGCUCCUGUAUUCAAAGCGAUACAGCCUGAGGAGCUGGCGAGCUGUGGAUGGAACAAGAAGGAGAAGCAUAGCCUUUCACCCAACGUUGUGGCCUUCACGCGGAGAUUUAACCAGGUCAGUUUCUGGGCAGUGAGGGAGAUACUGACAGCUCAAACAUUGAAAAUCCGAGCAGAAAUAUUGGGGCACUUCAUCAAAAUUGCCAAGAAACUCCUGGAGCUGAAUAACCUGCACUCUCUGGUGUCGGUGGUCUCCGCACUUCAGAGCGCACCCAUCUUCAGAUUGAGCAAGACCUGGGCGCUGAUCAGUCGAAAGGACAAGGCCACCUUUGAAAAGCUUGACUUUCUGACGUCAAAGGAAGAGAAUUACAACCGCAUGAGAGAGUACAUCAGGUCCCUCAAAAUGGCCCCCUGCAUCCCCUACCUAGGAAUUUACCUGUUUGAUAUGACCUACAUUGACUCCGCCUACCCUGCUUCUGACAGCAUCAUUGAGACAGAGCAAAGAACCAAUCAGAUGAACAAUCUACUACGCAUCAUCUCCGAUCUACAGGUGUCUUGUAACUAUGAUCAUUUGGUCAUGUUACCACACGUACAGAAGUAUUUGAUGUCGGUGCGCUACAUCGAGGAGCUCCAAAAGUUUGUGGAGGAUGACAAUUACACACUAUCACUGAAGAUUGAACCUGGGAACAGCUCACCUCGUCUGGUAUCCUCCAAAGAAGACCUUGGAGGACCCUCAGAAGAGUCCGUCUCAGUGCGAUAUAACCGACGACCAACCUGUCCUGAUACAUCAGUGGUUGCCCAUCUUCCAACACCACCUCCUGCCCGACACAGGAAGAGCCACAGUCUGGGGAAUAACAUGAUGUGCCAGUUUGGUGUGGUGGAGAGUAAAAGUGCGACAUUCCCUGCAAAAGAAAAGGCUCGACACCUACUGGACGACAGCUUCUUAGAGUCUCACAGUCCUGUCAGAAACCACACACAUGAUUCAGUAUUUACCAACGGCAUCUCACUUGGCAGUAGAGAGAGCUCUUUUAGUGAUGAAUUAUCAAGUACUGUUGAGAGAGGCCGUAUGUACGCGACACUUGGUCCAAACUGGCGAGUCCCAAUCUGUAACUCUCCCAGAAGCAGAAGUUAUAUUUAUAGCACUCCAGGGGCAGUUUCCAGCUAUGAAUGCAGUUCUCUGAGCAGUAUAACCAUUGAAGGGCCCCUGCGAAGAAAGACACUGAUGAAGGAGGGUAAAAAACCCACUCUCUCAUCUUGGAAGCGCUACUGGAUUGUCCUGUCUGGCUCCAUUCUCAUCUAUUUUGGUUCUAAAGCCCUAAGAGCAAAUGAGCGAAGACAUUAUAAAUCCAGGCCAUGUAAAAAGAUCACGCUCACAGGUUGGAUUGUGGUUCUGCCAGACAACCCUGAGCAUCCAAACAUUUUCCAGCUUACUGAUCCUGAAAAAGGUAAUGUUUACAAGUUCCAGACCGGAUCACGUUUCUCUGCGAUUAUCUGGCACAGACAUUUAGCCGAGGCGUGCAGGAGUACAAGACCACAGAUACCAGCAAACCUUAUGUCUUUUGAAUAGCUGCUUUUUGGGAAGCGGAAUACAAAUGAAGAGAAUAAACCUAAUGGAGAAAGACAUUGCAGAAAAAGGGGACGGCAUGUUGGACCUAACAUAGUUGGAAAUGUGGCAGCUGUAUCUGUUGAAAAAGUCCAAAAUUCAUUCAGACAUUGUAGACACAGCUAUACUGAAAUAGGAUGGUCUAGUUUCUUGAGUUUAGUGGUACCACUUUACAAUAAGGGUCAAUUUGUUAACGUGAGUUAAAGAAAAAAUUUACUAAAAAAUGAAAAUAUAGCCACCCUCAGGCCAUCCAAAAAGUACAGAAGAUGAGUUUGUUUCUUUACCUGAACAGAUUUGAAGAUUUACUUCUGGCCAAAAUACCAGUCCAUAAUCAAUAAAAACACUUCCUCCAGUAAAAAAGUCCAUGUUUUUGCUUGUAAACACAGCUUGAUCUAAGCGUAUUUCUCUUGAGAAAGCAAUAUAAUAGAUAGAGGACUCCUAUUUCAGUUGGAAGCAAGUUUGAAGUACAGCCGUUUUUAUAGCAGUUAAUGUUUGUUUAUAAUAUUGAUUUAUAACUGAUGUUAACAAAUUGAAACCUUAUUGUUAGUUUUACCAGACUGUCCUAAAGGUACAUGUGAAAUAUGUUGUAAAUUACAUGUAUAAAAUAACAUUGUCCAAUAGAUGUCUUCAUGUGAUAAAGUGCCAAAAUUACAAACUUUGUAUUGUUAAAUCUCCUAGAAUUAUGUUCAGUUCAUGUUAGAUGUUAGAGAGCAAAUGUGAAAGCAUUAUACCCUUGGACAACAAGUGUGGGAGCAUAACCGGUCUCCAACCUUCAUAAAACAAGUUUUGACAGCACACAAAAAUGCUGGGUUACAAACAACCAUUUCUGUGUUAUUUGGAAAACUAUUGAAAGGUUUUUCAUUUUAAAUUACUCUUGUAUUCAUUUUUGAAAUAGUUACAUCAAAAAACAGCUUUACCUUAUUUGUCAGACAUUCAACGCAUCAAAUAACCACAGCUGCAACAGUGAGGCACAAGAUCAAUAGUGCACGGAGUCUUUCUUACAUAUAACAGAGAAGUCGCGUCGUGUUUCAGCCCUGGUCGCGCAUUCGUUUUCCCGGGAGGUGAAACGUCCAUGGUGGUGCCGUCACAUCGUUCGCUUUGAGUGUAGAUUCGGUGGAUGCUGCGUUUGUAGAAGGAUGGGGUUCCAAGCAGACGUUAGCUGCGACGCACUUUUAAACGUGAGAAAAAGAGAAAACGUGAGAUUACAGACGUUAUACAGUAAUAAUUUCAUUUAGAAAGUUUCCUGUCAGUCAGUUUUCUCUCAGGACAGAACACAGAGUGACCGAUUACAAAUGUAUCCAGUUUUAACUGGUUUGAGUUACAGAAAAACUACCCAGCACCUGGGUAAAAAAAAUACUACAAAUAACCCAAUAAAAUGACCCAACAAGCUAAACCUAGCAUUUGGGUUUAAAAAAAUAAUAAUCAUAAUAACCCAGCAGCUUUUAGAGUGUAUGGAUCUUGUAAAACAGUGAACAAUGAAUUUAUGACAUAAAAGCAUAUAAAGGGAAAUUUGUUACAUAAAGGGAAUUUAAAUGGCAAAUGUGGAUCAUUGAAUAUGUAAUGUCACACGGGUAUCAGGAAAUAAGUGCCAAUAUUAACGUGUAGUUCAGCUCAAAGUUCUGUAGCUUAUUUACUUAUGGACAAAAUAUGAGUGAUGUCUGAUUGUUUGUCUUGACAUCAUAAGGUGGGCAGGACCCAAAAGAUAAAUAGUUAUGAAGAUAAUGUUGUAAAAUGUACAUUUAAAUGAAGUACCUUGAGAAUGUGAAAGGAAGCAACCGUCUUCUAGUCAUGUAUUCUUUGGAGAAACAGCAACAUUUUAGUGGAUGUUCAGUAUUCACAUCUAAUACUUCAGUGUAGUGUUUUUUUUUUUUGUUAUUUUUGUUAUUAUUUCUUUCUUUAUUUAAAUGGAAUACAUCAAAAGGCCUGUAUAAAUUGUAAAGUACAUUGCAAAGUCUAGUAUUUUGCACAAAAAUUCACAAAUUUUUAUAAGGUGCAGGAACGAGACUUAUUCUUCCACAAAGGUGAUAUUAAGGCAUUAAAUGUGAAGUGUAGAAUGCUUUGUAUAUUGCAAAUUGCAAAUGGAGAUUACACUUUGUUAGAUAUUCUGUAAGUUCUCCGGAACAUGCAUGGAUGUUUUGGACUAACAGGUUUUUUGUGUCACUUCAGUAUCAGUAUAUACUAUCGAGGCAUGUCUCCAGGAGAAAGCUGUGAAUCUGUUCUCAUUAAAAAGUUGGAUCAGGCUUUAAAUCUUUACACAACACCAUUGGCUAACUGCAAGAACCACUUACAACAAGACUACAACAUGUGGUGAAGAUGAUAGAUGGAAUGCUGCUCAGAUUUUGUUCGAUUUUGCGUCACGUAAGCAACCAUUUCUGCUGUUGUUAAAUAGCACAUCUGCACUGACGUUAUAAGCAAGUAUUACUAAGUGGUAGCUACUGCUUUUUUUUCUUUUUUGAGUUUAUGGUUAGCAUACCAUC